CUUAAUCAGAGAGAAGAAGGAGACGCUUAAACGAUGCCGUACUACACCAAAGACGACGAUGAAGUUGAUGAAUUCAACGACUACGAUCCGACGCCGUAUAGCGGAGGCUAUGACAUCACCGUGACGUACGGUCGCUCAGUCCCGCCGUCGGACGAGACUUGUUACCCUCUCUCCUCUCGCUCCGGCGACGCCUUCGAAUAUCAGCGGCCUGUGUUUUCCUCUAGCCAUGAGCCUGCUGCUUAUGGCGACCAGGCUCUGAACACCGAGUACAGUAGCUACGCCCGACCCAAAACCCGACCCGGAGGUCACGGAGGCGUUCACGUUGAAGGUGAGUACGGUGGAAGGAAACCUGAUUCCGGAUAUGGCGGAAGAACGGAUGUUGAGUAUGGCCGUACACCACCUGAGUUGGAGCACAGCCACACAAAAUAUAGUGGGAAGGACCCUGGUGAUGAGGAGAACAAGAAGAAGGAUAAGAAAAAGGAUGGUAAUGUCUCUGACGAUGAUGAGAAGAAGAAAAAGAAGAAGGAGAAGGACCAAUACAAGCACCACAACGACCAUCAUGAUGAUGGUUAUGAUGAGGAAAAGAAGAAGAAGGAGAAGGACCAUCAUGAUGAUGAUGAAAAGAAGAAGGAAAAGGACCAUCAUGAUGAUGGUUAUGAUGAGAAAAAGAAGAAGGACAAGGUCAAGGACCAUCAUCAUGAUGAUGAUGAGAAGAAAAAGAAGAAGAAGGAGAAGGACCAACAUGAUGAUUAUGAUGAGAAGAAGAAGAAAAAAAAGGACUAUGAUGAUGAUGAUGAAAAGAAGAAGAAGAAGGAGAAGGACCAACAUGAUGAUUAUGAUGAGAAGAAGAAGAAGAAAAAGGACUAUGAUGAUGAUGAUGAAAAGAAGAAGAAGAAGAAGGACCAUCAUGAUGAUUAUGAUGAGAAGAAGAAGAAAAAGGACUAUGAUGAUGAUGAUGAAAAGAAGAAGAAGAAGAAGGACCAUCAUGAUGAUUAUGAUGAGAAGAAGAAGAACAAGAAGAAAGACGAUCAUGAUGAGAAAAAGAAGAAGGAGAAGGACCAUCACGAUAGUGACGAUGAGAAGAAGAACAAGAAGAAGGAUAAACACCACAAGGGCCAUGACUAAAACCCUUCUUUGUAAGGGAUUGUAUCUCUCAAGCUUCUAUUCACUAAUUAAGUAAGUAACCCACUCACCCUUUUCUCUAGGUUUAUGUUUUGUUGUUUUGUUUUGUUUUCUGGUUCCCAUUUGUGCUAUCUUCUACGAGACUUGAACGAGUCAUGAAACUCUAUGCAUUAUAAGUUUCCUA